UUCUGAAGAGAGCAGUCUGUAUAUCUUUGUUUUAAUUGAAUUUAUAAAUUGUAUUUACACGGUAUUAAAUGUGUGACAGAGGCGACUGUAAUGAUGAAAACGUCAGUAAACGAAGCGUGGUGUAUAUUUACAGUCCGGAGUAUGUGCAGACCUGCGACUCUUUAUCAAAAGUACCGAACCGGGCAAGUAUGGUUCAUUCCCUGAUUGAAGCUUAUGACUUGUUAAAAUACAUGAGGGUGGUGAAGCCUCGUAUGGCUUCACUAGAACAGAUGGCAGUUUUCCAUACACAUUCCUAUCUGGAGCAUCUUCAUAAGAUCAGCCAGAAUGGAGAAAAUGAUGACCCACAGUCAGUAGAUUUUGGACUGGGGUACGAUUGUCCAGUGGUGGAGGGUAUAUUCGACUAUGCAGCGGCGGUUGGUGGAGCCACACUGACAGCUGCCCAGUGUCUGCUGGACAGAAAAUGUGAAGUGGCCAUCAACUGGGCAGGAGGAUGGCAUCAUGCCAAGAAGGAUGAGGCGUCAGGCUUCUGCUAUGUAAACGAUGCUGUUCUGGGAAUCCUGAAACUGCGAGAGAAAUAUGAAAGAGUGCUCUAUGUGGACGUGGACCUUCACCAUGGCGACGGUGUUGAAGAUGCCUUCAGCUUUACUUCCAAAGUGAUGACCGUGUCCCUGCACAAGUUCUCUCCUGGCUUCUUUCCAGGUACUGGUGAUGUGGGUGACACAGGUCUAGGAAAAGGUCGCUGGUACGCUGUUAACGUACCACUAGACGAUGGAAUCAGAGAUGACCGUUAUUUCCAAGUCUUUACCAGUGUCAUGCAGGAAGUAAAGGCACUGUUUAAUCCGGAGGCAGUGGUGAUGCAGUUAGGAGCAGACACCAUGGCUGGAGACCCCAUGUGCUCCUUCAAUAUGACUCCGGUCGGGGUGGGCAAGUGUCUAAACCAUGUGCUGGAGUGGGAACUGCCCACGCUGCUACUUGGAGGAGGUGGGUAUAACCUUGCCAACACUGCCCGCUGCUGGACCUAUCUAACAGCGACUGUCCUGGACCAGACUCUGUCCUCUGAGAUCCCAGACCACGAGUUCUUCACAGAAUAUGGUCCGGAUUAUUGUCUGGAGAUAAGCCCAAGCUGCCGACCCGACCGCAACGAGAGCCAGCAGCUAGAGCGAGUCAUCAGCACCAUCAAAGGGAAUCUGAAGAAUGUGGUUUAGCUGUGGGCUCAAAGCUCAUGUUUCCAAAUCAGACUUUGUGCUCUUAAUGAAGACAGUAUGUGGGAGCCAUCAGCAGAGCCCAGCUUCGGAAAACAUUGACCGAAUGUUUCCAAGGAACUUUGCCUAAUGAGGAAACGAGUGCGCCAGCGUUGUUCCAUGUGAGAGUUCCUCAUCUAACUGGGUCAUAAGGUGAAGUCUGCAGGGUUUUAAAAUGAUCUUAAAGUUGUAAUGCUCUUUUCAAUUAGAGAAGGCUUAAAGAUGAUUUAUUUAGGAUUUAAUAUGUAAUGUAAUAUGGGUAUUUGCUUCUUUUAACUAUGGUUCAGUUUUUAUAUAGUCACCACUUGUUAUCAGAAUGAAAUGCAGUUAAACUUGAAGGAUGUUGGCUCUCUUGUCAAGGACAUGACCUUGGCUUUAUUUCCAUGUAUUUUAAGUGGUUCAUGUUCCCUGGUCUGGUGAAAUUAAGUCAUUGUCAUACAGCGCUGCCAACACACACAAACUCUGCAAACACACAACACACACCUCCGCCCAAACACACAAAUUGGAAAAAGAAAGAGAAGAAGGAAAACAGAUCUGUGAGAAGUCAACUCUAAAUGCAUGAUCCCCAAAUCCCUAACAACUGAAUUUCUUGUGUGGAUUCAACCUUUGGUGUAAAUAUUUCAUCUUUUAUAAUAAAAUCCUAAAGAAAA